GGUGGCCGCGAGAAGCAGGGCGGCCUCUCCAGUGACGAGGAAGUCUUCUCCGCAUCCAAGUGUGCUUUCGACCGUUCGCAGUCGCCAGUGCGCUCUCCCCUGCGUCCUCCGACCGAUCCUGCGUCGCAACAGCUACCAGAGCGCUCACCAUCACCACGGCAUCCCUCUCUGCAGCCACCAGCAGUGCUCUGCUCCCAACCCUUGCCGCCGCUGCGCUCGCCGCAGGACCCAUCACUGCUGUCAGCGAUGCGCUCGCGGUCCCAAGAGCUUCCCUCGCCGCAAAACGCCAAGGCCAAACCGAGGUUUACGCUGCAGUCGGCGUGCAUCGGGCGCUCACCGUGGCUGCCUGCGCACACUCCUGAACGCUCGUCUCAAAACGUGCUCGAGCAGCCUUCUAGGGUCUCCUCUCAGAACUCCCUGCAGUCCCCUCGACGGUCCUCUCAGAGCUCACAGCGGUCCCUGCGAAGCUCCUCCCAGAAGACCCCUCGACGCUCCUCUCAGAGCUCCCAGCGGUCCCUGCGAAGCUCCUCCCAGAACUCCCAGAAGAGCCCUCGACGCUCCUCUCAGAGCUCCCAGCGGUCCCCACGAAGCUCCUCCCAGAACUCUCAUAAGACCCCUCGGCGUUCCUCUCAGAGCUCGCAGCAAUCUACUCGGCGCUUCUCUCUAAACUCCCAGCAGUCCACUCAGUGCUCAUCUCAGAGCUCCCAGAACUCACCACAGCACCCGCGGACUUCCCUUUUUCUGAGGCGCUCCCCUCUUCGCUCGCCCCCCCUUCGCUACGAGGCUUGUUCUCCAGGUCGCAAUAAGAGCCUGUCCUCUAAAGGGACAUUUACUUUCUCUGGCUUUAACAGCGAUGACUUUCCCACGGACGAGGACCUCGAGACCUUCUCGGAUGACUCCUCCAGCACCAUGUCGGGGGAGAUUAACUCAAACCCCCGACUAGUCGAAGGGGUCCGUGCUCUCGAUAUAGAGAAGGCAGCUCGUAGGAACGAUCAAGAUCACGAUUACUUUCUGAUGUGUGUCGGAGAUGUGAUUGAGGUGGAGGCGGAGUCAGCCUGCUCCGACGAUGAAGUCGUGGUUACGACACCGGACAGCCUCGAGGGGGACGUUCAGAAGGAUGUUCGCAUCGCUGACCCAGUGCCCCCUGGCUUGGUGGCGGACUACAUGGUUUGGAGCGAUAGCUCGAAGAAGGUUGAAAAGUACAGUUUCCUUCGCGCCUUCACCGACCUCAGCGUCGAGGACUCCACGGACUGUGACCAUCCGGCAAUUACCCUCACUGGAGAAAAUCCGACUGACCUAAUUGGGGAAAAGGCCAACACUGAAACGACAGGCUCACCAGCGGUACGCGUCGUUGGGGUGGAGCACGCCAACGAAGAGAACCACGCCCUCGUUGAGAUGGAACACGGCGCCAAUGGAGACGACGGUGCUCCAGAGGACCGCGACGUCGUUCAGGUGGAGCACGCCGACAGAGACCCUUGUGAGCAAGAGGACCGCGUCGUCGUUGGGGUCGAGCAUGCCGACGUAGACGCCUGCUCACAAGCGGAUCGCGCCGUCCGGAGGAUGGAGCGCGUUGUCGUUGGGGUCGAGCACGCCGACGGAGACGCCUGCGUAGAAGAGGACCGCGUCGUCGUUGGGGUCGAGCAUGCCGACGAAGACGCCUGCUCACAAGCGGGCCGCGGUGUCGGGAUGGAACACUCUGACGAAGAUAUCUCAACAGAAGAGGACCGCACCCUCACUGGGCUAGAGCACGACGCCGACGGAGACGCUUGCGUACAAGAGGACCUCGUCGUCGAUGGGAUCGAGCAUGCCGAUGUAGACACCUGCUGCUCAUUAGCGCGCCGCGAGAUGGGGCAAUCCGACGAAGAGGAUCGCGCCCUCGUUGGAUUGGAGCUCGACGCUGACGAAGACGCCUGCGUACCAGAGGACCGCGUCGUCGUUGGGGUGGAGCUCGCCGACGGAGACGCCUGCGUUCAAGACGGCCGCGUCGUCGUCGGAGAGCACGCCAAUGGAGAACUUUGCGAAGUCCACGAAGACUGCGGCGUAGUCGGUGAGUAUGCCGACGGAUACCCUAGCUUACACGAAAGUUGUGUUGCUGGGGCAAAAUGUGCCGACAAAGAAACUUGUGCACAACCGAAACACGACGCCGUGGAAAGUUUCUGUUCUGAAGAAGACUCCCAUGACGAAAGCCCCCACACCGACGGAGGUCCCUUGGUACAGGAAGGUCACGAUGUCGUUUUAGCAGGAAGUUCUGCCCGGGAAGGCGUUCUGAAGGAGAAGCAGGAGAACAAUCGUGACGCAUGCCGUCCGCAGAUGCUCGAAAAAAGCAGUCGUCUUUACCAAAAAACGGAGGUACAUUCUAUGGAGUCCUCUCCUGAAAAGUCUUGUAGUUUGGGAUUACCAGUAAUACUUGAUGAAAAUUGCUCCAGAAGACCACCUAGUUUUUCCGACCUUUUAAUUGAACCAGAAGAAUGUGAUGACUUAUUUGUGCCUGGUCAUCCCACUGUUGGUGCAUUCAAUGAGUCAACUGAUUUGUUUGCGGAUGAUCUUCCAGACUUUUCUCAACCCAGCCACGUAUCCUCAAAGCAAGAUGGUUUAGAUGAUCUAAUGUAUAGCAAACUUCCUAAAUUGGGUGACCCCUUCAAAGAUAUUAUCAAUAUUGAGUCUGGAAGUAAUGGGCAACUAGGAGAUUUGAUAUCAGCCAGAAUAAAACAUUUGUCAACAAUGGAUUCACUCUCAGAAAUGCAGGACUGCAACCACUACUUCAUGAGAGAUCAAGCUCUACCAGCUGCAGAAGAAAGACUCUCUGAAGUUAGUAAAGAAGAAGAGUUUGUCGUUGAUAUUGAGGCUGAGACCCUUAGGCGAUUUAAGUACUAUGGAGCAGCAAGUGGCAGCCAGGAUGAAGAACCACCUAAUCUUUCACCAGUGGUUGAGCCUAAUCAUAUGAGUGAAGAUGAUGAAUGUAUGUCUGGUAAUUCCAAACCAUUGAUAGAUGAUGUCCAUGAGCAGCCUACAGGUUCCUGUUCCUCUUCAUCAUCUCCAAAUAGAGACAUUGAUGCCCUUUCCCUGACACAAUGUGCUCCACUGAAACGGAAAGCUCAAUUUAAAAGAGAAAAUGAUCCAGCCACCAAGAGAACUCGGAAGAGCUGGGAGCAAUGGUACCAACAAUUCAAGACGAUUGUCACAACUGGCAGGGAAAAGCUAAGAGCUCAGAACUCUCAAACCACAAGUGUGGAAAACAAGGAAAAUUUUACCCCAUUAUUCUCUGAAGUCCAAAGCUGUGAUUCAAUCAAUGGAAUGGACAGUUUUGAGAUCCAAAAUCAGCCCAACAGUUUUUCUAUGGAGCAGAGUUGUGCACAGAAAUCAGAAUUAGUAAAUUGUGACUGUCAUGAAGAUGGAUCUGAUUGUGAGGCACAAUUUUCUAGCAUAUCAAUUACCGAUCAACUUGUACCAGGACAGGCAAACCUAGAUAUUACUGGAGGUUGCAGUUUAAAUACUUCAUCUCAUCUCAAAAAAUCCCUUUUCAAGUGGUCUUCAGUGGAACCAUCAUUGAAAGCCGUAAAUUAUAACAAUCAUCAAAUUGAAAAUGAAAGGACUUGUGAAAAUUCAAGAGCUCCAUCAGUGCCCCAGAGGCCUGUCAGAGUUGGACUCUCCAAACGAGCCAAUCCUAAACCCUUGCAUGUUCGCAGACAAUGAAUGCCUUCGUGGAUUUAUCAAGUGGUGGUGGUGGUGGUGAGCCAUAACUGCUGUAGUCUGAGCCAAUCCAUGUCAUCCUCUGAAAACGACCAAUAGGUUGCCACUUGGAAGUGGGAAUCGUAGGGAUUCCUGUUGCUAUCUUGGG